UUGGAGCUGCUUGACGAACGCAUUGCUUGGCAAUGGCGGACUGCGCUGUGGAUUAACUGACUCGCCUCGCUGCGGACACUGGCCGUGAGCCUCACAUUAAGCGCUACAUUCUCAUCCAGAACGUCGGUUUUGUGUUCGCGUCAAAUUUGCCGUGAUUAAAACAGAGGGUGGAGAUAUGGAAUGGUGAUAACUGAAAUUCUUGGGAGUGGGUUUUGAGAGGGGAGGAAGUUAGGGUUUGAAGAAUCGAAGGUCGGGAAAGGAUUGGAGGUAAAUUCUCAGGGCAUAGGUGCGGUGAUGGACGGGUUGAAGAAGUUAGAGUAUCUUUCGCUGGUGUCGAAGGUGUGCACGGAGUUGGAAGCGCACAUAGGGUGUUCUGAUAAGACGUUGGCGGAGUUUAUAAUUGACUUGGCGCAGAAAUGCGAAACAGUGGAGCAGUUUGGGAAGUCUCUCAAGUCCAAUGGCGCCGAAAUGCCGGAAUAUUUUGUCAAGACAUUGUUGACGAUUAUUCACGCCAUCCUGCCGCCUGUGAGUAAGGCGGAGCGGGAGAAGCUGGGCAAAGGUCUAGGUGGGGAUAGUGACUUGAAGCGGGCUGCGUUCCCGGGAUUGGCAGUGCCGGACAGUAAGCAGCGGGUGCGGGAAUUGGAGGACGAGCUCGAGGCGGAUGGAGUCGGAGUUAGGGUUUUGGAGGGUAGGAGAGAUGAACGGGGCAGGGGAAGGGAUGGCGGACGAGGUGGUGAGAGUGAUGGUUUUUCCAGAGAAAAGGAGUUUCAGAGGUACAGGGACAGAGAUGGUAGUGGGGAGAGGGGCGGAAGGCGGGACAGAGAGAGCGAUGGCGGGAGGAGGGAUGGUCGUGAGGAGAGGGAUGACGGUGGUCGGCGGUUGGAUACGAAGGGGAGAGGAUAUGACAGGCAUGAUGAUCGAAAGAAUGGAGGUGAGCGAGCCAGAGACAAGGACCGAGGCGGUAAAGGAGGUUAUGACAGAUCUGCUGGCGAAAGCGAGAGAGGCAGAGGUAGGGGCAGGGGUGACGAUUUCGAGGAUGGAGAUAGAGAUUGUCCUGGUUCGCGGAGUUAUGUCCCAAGUAGGACUCCUAUGGUGGACGAGCCGGAGCUGUAUGGAAUAUAUAAAGGGAGAGUGUCUCGGAUUAUGGACUAUGGUUGUUUUGUGCAAUUGUUAGGGGUUAAGGAUCGGAAAGAGGGACUAGUGCAUGUGUACAAUAUUGCGUCCCGGCGGGUUGUGAAUGCUAAGGAUGCCGUCGAACGGGACCAGGAAGUUUGGGUGAAAGUUCUCUCUAUAAGUGACAAGAAGAUAAGUCUUAGUAUGCGAGAUGUGGAUCAGAAAACAGGAGAAGAUCUACUCCCCAUGAAGCGUACGACAGCUGAAGAAGAAAACUUGCAUGCGAAUCCAUCUAGCUCGAGCUUGGCUCCAGAGAUGCGGAAGGGACUUUCGGGUAUUACUAUUGUUGACGAAGAUGAUAACAAUUCACAUCGUAGACCUAUGAAGAGGAUGAGCUCUCCUGAGCGAUGGGAGGCCAAGCAACUAAUUGCGUCAGGUGUUCUAGGUGUCAAGGACUACCCGAUGUAUGAUGAUGACGGGGGAGGUAUGCUCUAUCAUGAUGAAGGUGCUGAAGAAGAGCUUGAGAUUGAGCUCAACGAAGAUGAACCGGCUUUUCUUCGAGGUCAAACUCGUUAUUCAGUUGACGUGUCUCCAGUGAAGAUUGUGAAGAAUCCUGAUGGCUCAUUACAAAGGGCUGCUAUGACACAGUCCGCGCUUGCUAAAGAGCGGAGAGAGUUAAGAGAGCAGCAACAACGGACAAUGCUCGAUUCCAUUCCCAAGGAUUUAAACAGACCGUGGGAAGAUCCCAUGCCAGAGACUGGUGAGAGACAUCUAGCCCAAGAGCUUCGGGGAGUAGGUCUAUCAGCAUACGAUAUGCCAGAAUGGAAGAAAGAUGCAUUUGGAAAAGCUCCCACUUUUGGGCAGCGGUCAAAGCUCUCGAUCCAGGAGCAAAGACAGAGUCUACCCAUCUACAAACUGAAGAAUGAACUUAUCAAGGCUGUGAACGAUAACCAAGUUUUAGUUGUGAUUGGAGAGACAGGUUCUGGGAAAACGACACAGAUGACUCAAUAUCUUGCAGAAGCUGGUUACACUACUCGUGGAAAGAUAGGCUGCACUCAACCCCGGCGAGUCGCUGCCAUGUCUGUAGCUAAGAGAGUAGCGGAAGAGUUUGGAUGCAGACUUGGGGAGGAAGUAGGCUAUGCAAUCCGUUUUGAGGAUUGUACAGGACCUGAGACGGUGAUCAAAUAUAUGACAGAUGGGAUGCUGUUAAGGGAGAUUUUAAUUGACGACAUGUGUGCUUCAUAUUCUGUAAUCAUGCUUGAUGAAGCUCACGAACGUACCAUUCAUACAGACGUCUUGUUUGGGCUUUUGAAAGGGCUUGUGAAACGCAGACCUGAUUUGCGACUAAUAGUUACUUCGGCAACAUUGGAUGCGGAGAAGUUUUCGAGAUACUUUUUUGAUUGCCCUAUCUUCACCAUUCCCGGAAGAACGUAUCCUGUGGAAAUACUGUACACGAAGCAGCCGGAGACUGAUUAUUUGGAUGCUGCACUGAUUACUGUCAUGCAGAUUCAUCUCACAGAACCUGAAGGUGAUGUUCUUCUUUUUUUGACUGGGCAAGAAGAGAUUGAUACUGCGUGUCAAAUCCUGUAUGAGCGGAUGAAGGGUCUUGGGCCCAAUGUCCCAGAGCUUAUUAUCCUCCCAGUUUAUAGUGCUCUGCCCAGUGAAAUGCAGACAAGAAUUUUUGAAGCCCCACCACCUGGUACAAGAAAGGUUGUUGUGGCAACAAAUAUUGCUGAGGCCUCUCUCACAAUCGAUGGAAUAUACUACGUCGUGGAUCCUGGAUUUGCAAAGCAAAACGUUUACAAUCCGAAGCUGGGAUUGGACUCUUUGGUGAUCACUCCUAUAUCGCAAGCUUCCGCAAGGCAACGAGCAGGACGGGCAGGGAGAACUGGACCUGGCAAGUGCUAUCGAUUGUACACAGAAAGCGCGUAUAGGAAUGAGAUGUUGCCAACAACAGUACCAGAGAUACAAAGGGUCAAUUUGGGUUUGACAACAUUGACAAUGAAGGCAAUGGGGAUAAAUGAUCUUUUAUCGUUUGAUUUUAUGGAUCCCCCUCCACCUCAAGCACUUAUUUCUGCUAUGGAACAGCUUUACAGCCUUGGAGCCCUAGAUGAGGAGGGUCUAUUGACUAAGUUAGGAAGAAAGAUGGCAGAGUUUCCGUUGGAGCCACCUCUUUCUAAGAUGCUUCUAGCUAGUGUGGACUUGGGUUGUAGUGACGAAAUCUUAACUGUUAUUUCUAUGUUGCAAGCUCAGAAUAUCUUCUACCGACCACGAGAAAAACAAGCACAGGCUGAUCAGAAAAGGGCAAAGUUUUUCCAAGUGGAGGGCGAUCAUUUGACUCUUCUGGCAGUGUAUGAAGCUUGGAAAGCGAAGAAUUUUUCAGGUCCUUGGUGCUUUGAGAAUUUUGUGCAAUCUCGGUCAUUGAGGAGGGCUCAAGAUGUGCGAAAGCAGCUUCUUACAAUUAUGGAUAGGUACAAGUUGGAUGUGGUGAGCGCGGGCAAGAACUUCACAAGGAUAAGAAAGGCAAUAGCAGCAGGUUUUUUCUUCCAUGCAGCACGGAAGGACCCCCAGGAGGGUUAUCGAACUCUGGUGGAGAAUCAACCAGUUUAUAUUCAUCCAAGUAGUGCUUUAUUUCAGAGGCAGCCUGAUUGGGUUAUCUAUCAUGAGUUGGUCAUGACCACGAAGGAAUACAUGCGAGAAGUGACUCUAAUGGACCCUAAAUGGUUGGUUGAACUGGCUCCUCGUUUCUUUAAAGUUGCUGAUCCCACAAAAAUGAGCAAGAGGAAGCGACAGGAGCGAAUUGAACCUCUUUAUGAUCGGUACCAUGAGCCAAAUUCAUGGCGACUUAGUAAAAGACGGGCUUAAGUGCCUAACCUUGGAAGUAAAUUUCAGGCAAGUUGAGUUCCUCUGCACUUUGAUGGAGGGGAUGUUAUGAUUUUUAAGAGAGGCCGAGGAAAGACUGGCAUGAAGCAAACUCUCCACCAGCAAGUGCUGUUUCAUCGAUGUGCUGAUUUUGCUCUACCGAGGCUUGACUACCAGGACCUCACAUCAACGCCGAGUACUUUUAAUUCAUUUUUUUUUUGACUUAGCGCCUCACUGCAUAUAGCAUGGUCAUUAAUGUUGAGUAAACAACUGCAGCAGGUAUCAGCUUGUUCGUCUAAUUUGACUAAGAUUCCGAUCUCACGAGUCAGUCAAGAGAAGCCUUCACACAAACAUGUAUUCUAGGUCAGAGCUCAACAUGGUAGUAGUCUACUUAAGGCUAGAUUAGGAACUUCUUCAGUAUCUGGUUUGGUACAAAUAGUUUCAAUAGAGGUAUGCCGAUUCUAGAUUUGAAGGCUGGAAAUGUUAGAUAGUCUCACUUUCCCAGUGGGAACUGGGUCUAUAAAAAAAACCACAUAGAUCUCAUUUGGACAUGGAUCAAACACCUCUCAACUUCUGACGCUGGAGAUAUCACGUAGGGUCUAAUCUUUGUAGUGCCAUCAAAUUGCAGUGCUAGACAUCCAGCGGCUCAUUGAGUGGAACUGACGUCUAUGUUCUUUCAGUAUUCGACAAUUUUGUUAACGUGUAGCUCAGUAAACCUUUUCUGUAUCUUUCUACGCAUUUCUAUUGAAGGUCUGGACUCAGUUCCGCCUUGUUUUAACGUGCUUGACUGGGGUGCCUAGUAACUCCGACCUGCAUAUCUGUUCAAUUUUUCUUCUUACAGGUCUAAGCAGACCAUGGAACACCUUAAUAUUCAAUUCAUGUAGACCACUAAUAGUUAUCCCUAGCAUACGUUUGCAGUUGGCCAGUUACACCCGUGUACAAUGGCAACGCUAGUAAAUCAUUUUGAUAUUCUUGUGUUAACAAUCUGCAUUUGGUGCUUUUAUAAAUAAAAAACCGCUUAUCUAU